CCGAGAUACCCCAUGCUUUUCCACUUUGUGUUUUCGACUUUGCUUUUAGCAAUGUCGGCCUCUGCCGCAGACUUGUGGUGUAGUCUCGAUGGUAUCCAGUGUGGAGGUAUUCUCUGGAUUGGCCCAACCGACUGCUGCAGUGACGACUACUACUGUGAGUACCAGAACGAUUGGUAUUCUGUCUGUGUCCCAGUGUCAGACACCUCAAAUUCUACUGGCACCGACUCUGCCUCGUUUACUAUUUCCGGCUCGACGUCUGUUGCCUUGUCUGUCUCCAGCUCGGCCAGCUUGACGGAAUCAGGUUCGACGGUUACGUCCGUCACUUAUUCCUCCGGCUACGCCGUUAACCCAUCUUUCUCUGGAAGCUCUUACACCAGCUACAGCAGCUUGCCAUUGGCUUCUACGGGCUCAAGUUCCACAUUGAGUAGCCUGUCAGCCUCUGACACAAGUUCUGCAUCGUCGACGGCCGCUUUGAGUUAUUCGUUUUCGUCUAGACAGACUUCUGGCCAGACACCCUCUCCAAGCCAAAGCUCAACUUCCAACCAGGCUUCAGGUGGAUCCAGCUCUACUGGCUCUGCUUCAAGUAAUGUCUCUGACUCUGAUACCAUUACCAGAUCUGCGUCAAGUAGUGGAUCGGGCUCGUCCAGCGGUUCUAGCUCUGGCACAGGUUAUGGAUCUAGCACUGCUAUCUCCGAUUCCGGAACUUUCAGCUCUGCUACCUCAAGCUCAGGUUAUACGUCAAGCGCCGCCACCUCUGGAUUUAGUUAUGGGUCUACUUCAAGCGGCUCAGGUUCCAGCUCUUCCAGCUCUGCCACUCCUGGAUCAAGCCUUUUCAGCUCUGCUGUCUCCGGCUCCCGUGCCGCUACUUCUGCCUCAAGUUAUGAGUCAAACACAGCUAGCUCUGGUUUAAGCUCUGCCGCUGCUAUAUCAGGUUUGAGCUCUGCUUCAAGUUAUGGCUCAAGCACUGCUGUCUCUAGUUUAAGCUCUGCCGCUGCUGGUUCCAGUUAUGGCUCAAGCUCUACUAUUUCAGGCUCAAGCUCUGCUGUUGCUGGUUCCAGUUAUGGCUCAAGCUCUACUAUCUCUGGAUCAAGCUAUGGCUCAAGCUCUACUAUCUCUGGAUCAAGCUAUGGCUCAAGCUCUGUUGUCUCAGGCUCCAGCUCUGCCUCAAGUUACGGAUCAAGCACUGCAGGCUCUGGUUCAAGCUCUGCCUCAAGUUAUGGCUCAAGCUCUACUAUCUCAGGAUCAAGCUCUGCAUCAAGUUAUGGCUCAAGCUCUACUAUCUCAGGAUCAAGCUCUGCCUCAAGUUAUGGCUCAAGCUCUACUGUCGCUGGUUUGAGCUCUGCCUCAAGUUACGGAUUAAGCACCGCAGGCUCUGCCUCAAGUUAUGGAUCAAGCACCGCAAGCUCUGGUUUAAGCUCUAGUCCUAGCUCCGCCUCCAAUGUGAGCCCUAGCUCUUCCAGCUCUAGCUCAAGUUAUGCCUCCACCACUGCCACCUUUAGCUCAGUCUAUGGGUCAGGUACUGCUACAUCUGGCUCAAGUUAUGACUCUAGCUCUAGCUUUACCUCUGCCAUCUCGAGAAAUGCGGCUUCUAACGCAUCUUCUGCCUCAAGCCAGUUUACCACUGCCUCCAACCAAGGAUCCAGUGCAUUGGCCAGCUCCGGACCAUUUUCUGGCUCCAGCUCACGCGUUUCCGGCUCUUCUUCCGGCUCCACUCCGUUGACUUCCGGAACUUCCAGCAUUUCUAGCUACAUCUCUGUCCCAGUGACCUCAGGCCAAGCUAGCUCCACCGGUUUCACUGGUUUACCAGCUACCACUUUGACUGGCUCCGAAGGUAACAUCUCUGCCAGUGGCGCAUCCAGUGCAUCUAGCGGCGCAUCCAGAUACGGUGUUUCUGAAAGCUCUGGCGCUCUACCUAGCAGCGUUUCCGCCUCAUCUAUCGGUGCUGGAUCCUCGUCUUUCGAACGCUCCAGUACUUCCAGCGGAAUCUCUAGCCAGGAAACUACAACCUCUGCCCGGAACUCUGCUUCAAGUGCAGCCAGUGCAACCACUGCAACUAAUGGCUCUAAUGGCUCCAGUGGUUCCAGAGUCCUGAACACCGGUUCAUACGCUUCUAGCACUACUAGGGCCUCAGGUGUCCUCUCUAGCGCCACCGGCACAUCAACUGCUUCUAGCUACGGCAGUCAAAGCAGCGCAUCGAAUGCUUCCAGUCAAGCAGCCACCACUUCCGGUAGUUCUUUCAGCGGCAGCUACAGCAGUGUGUCUGGCUCUUCCAGUGCUGGCAGUGGCCAAUCGAGCGGUACUUCCACUUUGUCUGGCUCCUCCGGCUCUUCCGUCUUCUCCAGUACCAGCGCUAGUGCAACCAGCUCUAACCAAAGUCAAUCGGGAGCUUCCAGCCAGACCCUUGGUCAUUCGUCAUUCGUCUCCAACUCUCAUUCCCGUGGAACCUUCAGUGGAGCCACCAGUAGAGUCAGCAGUGGAACCAGCAGUGGAGAUUCCAGCAGCACUUCCAGCAGCUUAUCAGGAGUGUCUAGCCAAUUCAGUGCUACUUGGAGCGGAUUCUCUGGCAGCACUAGGGCCUCCGGUGGCUUCUCCACUGUGACUGCGUCUGGAUCGAGCGCUGUAGCCGGAGUUUCCAGCCUUACAUCUGCUCAGGGCGGAUUGUCCACCCAAAACUCGGCCUCGAAUGUAUCCAACACUAGUCCGGCGUCAAGUGUGUCCAGCUACAGCAGUUCCUCGAAUGCCAACUCUAGCCAGACGAUUGCAUCAUCUGGCCCUACCCCUGCUUCAUCGUCUGCACAAAGCUCAUUUGGCGAAGGCUUUUCGAGUGCUGGAAGCACUUCUGCCAGAGCCUCCCGUACGGCGGGAAUAUCUCAAUCAGCCAGCCAGCAUGGCUCCACUGCUUCUAGUAUUAAUGGCCAGUCGUCAGUCGUAUCUAGCAGUACAGGGGCAUCCAGUGGGGCAUCCAUGUUCGGCUCCAGCAGUGCUUCUCGCUCUAGCCAGAUUACUGCAACGAGCACCGCUUCUACCUAUGGCUUCAGCUCUGUUUCAAUAUCCACAUCAGGAUACAAUUCAAGGGGCUUUAGCGCAACUGCCGGAGCGUCAAGUGCAAUUUCCAGCCAAAACAACGCAUCCAGCAGUACUUUGUCGAACGGUUCAAGCUCAAUUGCUGUCUCUACCGCUUCUGGCAGUGUCCCUAGUGGAGCUAGUGGAAUUUCCAGUGUUUCUGCUGGCAGCUCGAGUAAUGUUUUCAGUGCUGCCUCCAGCUCCAUUUUCAACAGCGCUUCAAGCCAAGUCACGACGGUGAGUUCAUCUAGUGCUGCCUCUAGCGCUUCCAGUGCAACCUCCAACAUUCCUAAGACUGCUUCGAGCGGCCUCUCCAGCUCCCUCACGGCAACGUCUCGCCGUGCGGACAGCUUCUCCAGCAGCACCAACGGGUCUAUUGUCUCGAGCAACACUGCUUCCAGUGUUUCUAGCUAUGUUUCCGACCAGGCCAGCGUCACAUCUAGCUCAGGUGGCUCUAGCGAAAAUACCAGUUUAUCCUUGCCUAGUGCCACCAUCAGCUCUGGUCAAACAGCAAUUUCAGGCCAAAGUAGUGCAUCCAAUGCUGGAGUCAGCUCCGAAACCAGUCUAAGUUCUAGCUUCACUGGCGAUUUUAGUGCCUCAUCCAUCGCUACUCCAAUUGCCUCCUCUGGCUACGGCUUCUCUUCGGCACCAGAUUCGGCUACCAGCUCUAGUGGAUCAGUUACCAGUAGCCAGACCAGUUCCGCUGCCGCCUCUUUGGCUUCUGAAUCUACAGCAGCACAACCAGAGAGCUCGAGCUCCUCUGUCGCCUCAAUAGGAGCCUCGUCUCGUGCGACAUCCCCGGCCACAGAUACCGUUUCCAGCAGCAGUUCCACAUCAUCCACGUCAGAUAGUGGAAACGCCACAUCGCCUGCCACAUCUUCACAGGCAUCUGGCACGGACCCUGCAAGCUUGACUUCCUCUGCCGCGUCAGAAAGUAGAACUGCCUGCCCAACGUGCACCAGUACCGUUUGUCCUACAUGCACUUCCAGCUCUGAGAGCACAGGCAGCAGCUCCGAAGCAAGCACUGUUUGCCCAACGUGCACAAUGACUUCUAGCACGAAGUCGGAGACCGCAACACAUUCUUCGGAGGCUACAAAUGGAGUUUCGUCAGAUUCUGCUUCUGGAACUUCAAGAGAAACAUACUCCCAACCAUCCACCGCAUCGAUUGAUCCUUCCUCUGGGGAAAGUACAACUGCAGCUUUGAGUGGCGCUUCAACGGCAGCAGCCACAAGUGAUACUUUGGAAGACUCAACCACGGCUGCUUCUGGAACUACCUCUGGUGCCUCGUCUGAGACAUUUACGGAAUCUGCUACUUUCACUGGCUCGAGUUCCACCGGAACUAGCUCCACUGUCUCCAGCUCCGCUUUCGCCAGCUACCCAAGUUUCACAGGCUUGGAGCCCGCAGGAUCAUCCACCAACACUGGAGGAUCCUCGACGGCCACUGCGGGAGAGUCUACCGAAGGCGCGUUUACAGGAACUCCAGGCUCUUCUACUGGAACAGCUUCCACGGGAUCUAGCAUCUUAUCUGCAAGCUACUCAGAUCCUUCUGCUAGCUCUACGGGUAGCUCCGUCGGUUCCACAAACCUCUCUACAGGUUUUUCCAGCUCCUCCAGCUCUUCUACUGAAUCCUCUACAGGAACUUCAAGUGAUACAUCUGCCUCUGGAAAUGGAAUUAGAGCCUCAGACACCUCUGGAUUGUCAUCUGGCUCGCCAACAAAACCUGCUACUUCCGACUCAGACUCUUCAUCCCAGACGUCUGCAUCUGCAGCAUCUGGAGCUUCAAUCGUCUCUGACCCGGGAGAAUCCAACAUUGCAGACCCAGGUACAGUUUCUAGCCCUGCCUCUGCCUCUAGCUCCGACCCCUCUUCCACUGGCUCCGGAAACUCUUCCAGCUCCGCUGGUUCUGGGUCUAACUCUGGCUCCACUGACAACUCUGGCAGCUCUGCCAGCUCGGACCCAGAUGACACGGAUGCAUAUUCUGAGGCUACUGCUUCUCCAUCAUUGACCAUGGCAUCAAAAACGGCGUCCGUCGCAGCCCAAGACAACGCCAAAGCCACGGCCUCGGAAACCUCUCAUAACACCUCUACACCAGCUGAUACCUCCACCUCUGCAACCGACUCUGCAACCGGUUCGGGCUCAAGCUCUAACUCAGGCUCGAACUCCAACGCCACCUCCGGCUUUGAUUCUGCCGCCACAUCUGACGCUAGCUCUAACAUAGCCUCGGGUUCCAGUUCAGCCUCGGGCUCCGACGCUAGCCAAGUCUCGUCCUCUGAGCGGACAACUUCGUCUGCAGCUUCUGGCGAUGAAACUUCUCUUUCUGCCAGCCAAUAUACCCUCUCCACCAGCACGGUCAAGAGCAGUGCUUCUGCCUCUCUGUCCAUGGCCAGCUCGGUGACCACUUUCGAAGGUGGAGCAGCCCGCUCUGUAGCACCUUCUCUCUUCUUCGGGUUCCUGGCACUUCUUUACUUCGUUUGAUAUAAUACCGAAUCCUACAACAGUGUAUGUCUAGUACCAGCUUCUCGAAAUUAACACCGUUAGUACCAUAAAUUCACUGACAGUUUUUUGUAAGUCUACGCAACGGGUUUGCACUACUAAAAUCCAGUGUAUAAAUUAUGGAUGUCUCAAAUCAGGGAGAACGAUUUUCUGUCUCUCAAUUCGAUGCAGCACGCAACAUCUCAAACGAGACCUUCAAAAGAGAGACGAUUACGAUACACUGGGUAUGAGUUGAUCGGAUAUUCGGAAACUGAAAUCACAGCUCCCAAAAGGGGUAGCCAGGGAGCUAUCUGAUGCAGACAUGAGCUUCUCCAUAGGUAUGGCUCUAACCAGUGCAAGAAGUUUUUGCGAAAACUGGCCCAGCCAGUGGAGCCUAAAGCCCUGGAGUUGCAAACAGUGUCUAGAUCCUGGGCCAGAUGGAAAAAUACCAAAAAAAAAAUGCCUUUCGGUGACAAACUUGGAGAUCCUGAGUCAGAUUAAACAGAUGUACAUUUAAAUAUUUUCGUACCCUAUUUUUUCAUCAUGUCCGCUUCCGUCCCUGGAAGGCCGCCAAAGCUGCUUUCCAACGCCUGCUUGUUUUGCAAAAGACGAAAGAGAAAGUGUGAUGGAGCACAACCGUGUGCAACAUGUAUCAAGUAUAAUAACGCUGAUGGCUGCGAAUAUAGCUCCGAGAACGAUCGGCGCAAAAAAAAGUACGACUCGACUCACAUCGAUUAUUUGGAGGUCAAGGCCGACCUUCUGGAGUUGCAUGCUGCUAACCUCAUCAAGCGGACCGAAACCCUGAAAGAUUUUGAUCUCAGUUCGAUCCUCCCACAGCCACCGCAGUUAACUCAGAAUAACGACUUUGCUCAGCUAGGACACAUGGGAGGACAGUACACCAACAUCAAUGCCCUGGAGGAAAUUGUGUCCACCGCAUGGAAGGUUAGAAAGCACGGAGAUAAAACGGAGUUUUAUGGACCGCUUUCAGGACGGCAGGGUGUGGUGGAGGACGGAGACGAGAACUUUUUGAAUCCGGAAACUGAGUUGCUGGAUAUCGAUUUUUGCUCACCACAGUUCAGAGAGCGCCUUUUCAACGUGUUUGAGGAAAACUUUGGCAAAUUUUUCUAUGUUUCCCAGCUUACACUGGAGACGGUGCGAUCCUGGCCGUAUCCAUGUGUUGAGCCGGACCACCGUUUAUUGAUGUGCUCAAUUUUUGCUUACGCCUCGGCUUAUGUCCGACCAUCUAUCACACAUGCGUUUCUUGAAAGUGCCGAAGACGCUGCAAUCGCUGCGUGCAAAGAAGCUUUGAACGAAAACACCUUACAGGGGUUACUUAUAUUGUCAUCCUUUGAGCUUGGGAUGGCCCAAGACUCAAGUUCUUGGCUGUUUGACGCCAUGUGUGCUUCCCAGGCCCAAUACAUCGGUCUUCAUACCGGUGAGAAGCUUACCGAAUCUAGUACCUCAACAAGUGUUGUGCCUACAUCGCCACUGAAGAAUGCGCUUUUCUGGUCCAUCAUUUUGCAAGACAGAUUCAUAACUACUGUGUUAGGUCGUGGCUGUAGAAUUCAGUAUUUCAGAAUCAUGACCCCAUUUUAUAGCCCAAAAAGCUCUCCAGAGAACAUUGACAGAUAUAUCAGUGAGCUGACAUUCUCUUUCCACUCAAGACUGUGGUAUCUCCAUGACCGGUCCACUCAACAAAUAUACUCUUUCCGAGCUGAUUAUUUGCACAAUUCCCAUCGACAAAUGCUGCUUGAACAGGGGUUUUCCAAUCUCCGCGCGCUUUAUGAAUCAUUCCCUGAUGUAAUAAUGUUGAAGCCUGUCACGAAAGAUAAACGGAUUCUUCUUUUACACCUUUCCUACUAUGUUGUGCUCCUGCUGCUGCACAGGUCGUAUCUUAUUCAAAACCCCAAAACUAUCAUUGAGCUGAUGGUCAAGCUAUGUACCUCAGCAUCCAAGGUUACGGAAAGAUACUCCGAACUUCAUGGUUUCAACAAUGCUCCGUACUUUGUUGGUUAUCUCCUCUUCCAGUGUGCCAUGUUUGACUUGUUUAUUCUAGCCAACAAAGAUGAGUCGUUCCAGGCAGCGGCAAACUCUCAAUUUGUGAAAUUCGUGGUUGCCUUGAGUGAAUACGCAGAUGUUUGGACUCGGGGAAUAAAAGAUAUCAAGGUUUUGGACAAUCUUGCUAGACAGUGGAAUGUGAGUGUGCCCAUUCUUGAUCAGUUAAGACAGGGAAGUCAGCCUCCACCUGAGUCUGUGAUUGCUCAGAACGAUGUCUACCAAAACUAUUUGAGAGGCGAAAUGGAUCGAGACUUUGCAACGGAUACCCCUGUUCUUGAUAUUUACAACAUACCCACAUUUCUUGAUAGUUUCGAUUUCGAUUUUGCUUAGGUCAGAAGUACACUACA